AUGACCAGAAGUCAGGCACUGAAUGAAUUCUACAAGCGUCGCCCUCCCUACUUUCAAGGAGAACCUAACCCCACAGCUGCGGAAGCCUGGUUGGAAGAAAUCAAGAAAAUUCUUGAAACCCUAGAUAUUCAAGAAGCCAACAAUCGAAUUGUUCUAGCCACCUAUCAGAUGCAAGGUGAAGCUCAGUAUUGGUGGAACUUGAUGAAGAACACCCAUGAUGUUGGAACAAUGACUUGGGAAAGGUUCGAGAAAAUUUUCCUUGACAAGUACUUUCCAACACUCGUCAAACAAACACUAGCCUUGGAAUUCAUGAACCUCGAGCAGGGCACAAUGACCGUGACCCAGUACGCAGCACGAUUUGAAGAACUGUCUCGCUAUGGCAUAACAAUCAUACCUACUGAUGACGACAAGGCAAGAAAAUUUGAGUGGGGACUCAAUGAGACACGCCGAACAGUGAUGGCACAGACACUUCCCACCUACUCACAAGUGGUGCAAUGCGCACUUAAGAUGGAGAGAGAAAACGUGGAUUUCAAGACGAGUCGUGAGCAAAAGAAGGCAAUACCUACAGUUGGAGGACCUAUCCGCACCAACCCUACCAACCGGGGUACCCUAACCUCUCAACCCUACCACCAAAACUACGCUCGCCCUCAACCGAUACAACCCAACCCAGCUUAG